AUGUUUCCAACGCGACAGACACCACAAACAGUAAAAAUAGAGACGGGGUCGAUACAGGAGGAACAAGAAAUAGGAGAACCUUCUACAAACGAAAACACAAACAAUACCAACCAUGAUAGUUUCCUAAUCAGAAUAGACUCGUAUGAUAGUAGUAAUCGACCAUACGAUGAUGAGCCAUUACCAAGUUACACGGCUUCUACACAACAACAAACACCUUUAAUUACCAACGAUGUCUCGUCGAAAAGAAAUAAAUGGACUAAAGUAUCCAGAGUGGUUAUUCUGAUAAGCAUUUUUUCGUUAAUUCCGAUGCUUAUUGUUAUUUCGAAGAUU